AUGAGGCUACAAAAUCUUCUGAGCUCGAUCCGACUGUCCAGCACGGAUAAGUCAGUGGCCAACAUAUGGAUCAACGACGACAUCCGCCCUUUGCCUCCUUCGCGGAGGACGUGGACGACUUGGACAUUCAUCUCCUUCUGGCUCACCAACCAGAUCGCCAUCUCAAAUUGGCAACUUGGUGGGUCUUUGGUCGCGACCGGUCUGAGUGUGUGGCAGGCCGUCCUCGCAACACUCAUCGGCAAGAUCAUAAUAUCACUGGUGGCCAUAUUUAACGGCUACGUCGGAGCAACAUGGCACAUCGGCUUCCCCGUCGUCUCUCGGUACGUCUGGGGGCCCUACGGCGCGUUCCUCCAGAUCGUGCAGCGGAUCAUUCUUAGCCUGGUGUGGUUCUCUGUGCAGAGUUGGACGGGAGGGCUGUGCAUUGCCGUGAUCCUGUCUGCCAUCUUCCCUAGCUUCCACAACUUAGCAAACGUGUUCCCCGAGUCCUCGCACCUCGAGACGAAGCAGUUCGUCGGGUGGAUCCUCUUCAACGUGGUCAUGGCGCCCGUGCUGUACAUACCGCCACACAAGAUCAAGCGCCUUCUUCUGGUGUUCAACUUGCUCGCGGCUACGACUCUCGUGGCCAUGUUGAUCUGGUCGCUGGCUGCAGCCAAGGGUGGUGGACCCUUGCUGUCCCAGGGAGCGAAAGCUAUGACUUCGUGGGAUCUGGGAUGGUCGAUCGUGUCGGGUGUGACCACCGUCAUCGGAGGCAUCGCAGUCGGCCUGACUAAUGCCAACGACUACUCGCGCUUUGCGAGGCGGCCUGGAGACCAAGUUUUUGGUCAGUGGUUCUCAAUCAUAGUCUUUGGCACGAUCUUCCCAUUUCUCGGCUGUCUAGCCGCCUCUGCAACGCAGGGUCUUUGGGGCGAGGCAAUAUGGAAUCCACCCGACAUGGCCCAAAGGUGGCUCGACAAUGACUAUAGCUCUUCCUCAAGGGCCGGGGCCUUCUUCGCAGGAGUCGGCCUACUCGCUUGCCAGAUCGCCAUCAAUGUAGUCGACAACGCCUACAGCGCAGGGAUGGACCUCGCGGGCCUGUUCUGCUCCUACAUAAACAUCCGUCGAGGGGCGUACAUUGGACUUCUCCUCAGCGUCGCCCUCUGCCCCUGGGAGCUGCUUUCGUCGGCCGCGGUCUUCAUCUCGGUCCUGUCGGCCUACAGCGUCUUUCUCGGUCCUAUCAUCGGUAUCCAGAUCUGUGACUACUGGCUCAUCCGGCGGCAGAGGCUCAAGCUCUCGGACCUGUACCAUCCGAGGCGGGAUGGCAUCUAUUAUUUCGUCGGCGGGUUCAACCCUCGCAGCUUUGUGGCCUGGGUCCUCGGCUUCGCCACGCAGCUGCCUGGGUUCGCCGCCAACGUCACGCCGGACAAGAUCAGCGUCGGGCGCGCCUGGCACGAGCUGUUCUACUUGGCGUUUCCGCUAGGCUUUGCGAUCUCCUUCGCGGCUCACUAUGUACUAAACAGGAUCUGGCCACCCGCCGGGCUGGGCGUGGUUGAUGAGGUGGACUACUACGGCAGCUUUACACCCGACGAGGCGCUCAAGCUUGGAUUUGUGCCAGAAUCAGAGGUUGUUGAAGGUGUCCAUUCGGAUCCAGAGAGUAGCGGUGGUAAGCCAAGGCAGGUGGAUGUCCCUAUCGUGGGGAAGGAUUUCUAG